AUGGGCUCACUCGAUCUACCACCAUUCAAAAUCAGCGAAGUCGAUCUCGCAAAAUCACUUCACGAAAGCUGUCAAUUCGGCGCCGCGCACCGCUAUGGAAAGGCUUCCACAGAAACUGGCAUGGCGCGGCUCAGUCUGGACGACUCGGACAAGCAAGUUCGAGAUUGGUUCAUCACCUACGCCAAGUCGCUUGGACUAAAGACUUCAAUUGAUCAAAUGGGGAAUCUAUUUGCGAUUAGACCAGGCAAGAACAAUGAUCUGCCCCCAGUCAUGAUGGGUUCGCAUUUGGAUACGCAGCCUACUGGUGGACGAUACGAUGGCAUUCUUGGUGUCAUUUCGGGUCUUGAGGUUUUGCGAACCUUGAAUGAUCAUGGGUAUGAGACUGCGGGGCCUAUUGGAGUUGUGAACUGGACCAACGAGGAGGGUGCUCGCUUUCCCAAGAUGGCUGUGUCUUCAGGUGUUUGGGCCGAUGUCAUCCCUCUCGAAACUGCAUGGAAUUUAAGGGAAGUUUUGGCUGCUGACCCCAAGUCGAUGAAGGAGGAGCUCGACAGGAUAGGCUACUGCGGUGACCAGCCUGCUUCAUAUCGAUCAAAUCCCUUCGCCGCGCAUUUCGAGCUUCACAUCGAGCAAGGUCCCAUUCUUGAAGACGAGGGUCUUAAGAUUGGCGUUGUGCACGGAGUCCAAGCAUUCAAAUGGUUCAACAUCACCGUCAAAGGCCGCGACAGCCACGCAGGCACAACACCACUCUACGCCCGCAAAGACCCCGUCCUAUCCGCCAGCAAGAUGCUCGUCGCCGCCAACACAAUCGCCAAAAAGCACGACGGCCUCGCAACAACCGGCAUCUUCACCACCGACCCCGGCACCGUCAACACAAUGGCGCACACCGUAAAAUUCACCCUCGACCUCCGCCACGUCAAGGAUGAAUUCCUCGCCGAGAUGGUAAAAGAAUGCGAAGCCGAGUUCCAGCGCAUUUCUCACGACGAUAGUGAGAAGGGCUGUGAGGUUGACUGGGAGCUUCUUGUGGAUAGUCCUGCAGUCAAGUUUAACCAGGAGUGUAUUUCGGUGGUGGAGCAGAGCGCGAAGGAUGUCUGCUCGACGGUUGGGGAGGGGAAGCUUUGGAGGGAUAUGAUUAGUGGUGCGGGGCAUGAUAGCUGCUACACAAAUCGGGUUUGUCCUACGAGUAUGAUCUUUACGCCGACGAGAUCGGGGAUCAGCCAUAACCCAACAGAGUAUUGCUCGCCUGAAGAUUGUGCGCUUGGUGCCAGUGUUCUUCUGGGAGCGGUUUUGCGAUAUGAUAAACUUCGCGCCAACAGGAAUUAG